AUGAACUUGAUCACCCUUGAGUUGGAUGAAUUCCGAGAUCGUCGCAAGAACAUGAUGCAGGGAUUUUUCGUGGAGGAACGUGAGCACAUGCGAGGCUUCUACGAUUGGAUCUCGCCAGAGAACGAGUAUCACAAUGCAACGAUCAAUCGGGUGAUUUGUUCUAAGAUGCUGGAUCGAGCGCCUCGUUCAUUCGAAGAGUUGAACACCGUGGACACGCCAGUUGUUGAAGCAAUC